CCUUAAUGACAACCAGGAAGUAACCGGGCAUAUAGCCCGGGUUCGUCACUUAUUGGGUCCCCUUGAAACAUUUCCGUUGUGGUCUGUGCAGCGCUUUUCUCUAUUUGUCUGAUGGUCUGAUUUCACUUGCUUAAAGUGAGAUGCAAGUCAACUGUGUUCCAGGACAGAGCUGAUGUAAAUAUAUUGAAACAAAAAAUGGGAGGGUCAAGAUCUCAACCAGAUCAACCAAAACCAAAUCCAGAACUGGAUAAACCAUGGAGAAAAUUUGUCUGGGGACAGAAAGAAGCUCUGAAAAAGAAGCUGGAAAACUUCUCUCCGAGUGAUUCAGAUGUAAACAACAUCAAGAUCCUGGUAGCUGGACAAGUUGGAGCAGGAAAGUCCAGUUUUAUCAACUCCAUCGAUAGUGUCUUUCAAGGACGGAUCUCCUCUAGAGCGCUAGUUAGUUCAGCUGAUGGUGACAGUCGUAGUUUCACACAAAAGCUCAAAGGAUUCACCAUCAGAAGUGGGAGAAAAACUUUGCCUUUCGUCUUCAAGGAUAUAAUGGGCUUAGAAGCUGAAGCUUUGGCUGGGUCACAAACAGAUGACAUCAUCAAUGCUGUGUUUGGCCAUGUGAAGGACGGCUAUAAAUUCAACCAGGAGCAGGCACUCACUUAUAAGGAUCAGCAUUACACCAGUGACCCUACCCUCUCCGAUCAGGCUUUCUGCCUGGUUUAUGUCAUAGCCGCAGAUACAGUCCAACUCACAGAUGAUAAACUUAUUGACAAGUUGAAGAUCAUCCGCAAGAGAAUCAGUGAUCAGGGGAUUCCUCAAGUGGUUGUCAUGACCAAAGUGGAUAAAGCAUGUCCGCUGGUCAACAAGGAUCUAAGGAAGAUCUACACUAGCAAGAAGAUCAAAGAGAAGAUGGAGUUGUGCAGCACCAAAAUAGGUGUGCCAUUGUCAAACAUCUUCCCAGUGAAGAACUACCACGAGGAGAUUGACACAGAGGAUGACAUUGAUGUUCUGAUACUAAAGGCACUUGAACAGAUUGUUCAGAUUGCAGAUGAUGGAUUGUUGGACAGAGAAAGCUACUAAUUUUAGGAAGAUUGUGAAUUAAAAUGACUAUAAAGAGGAUUAUGUUUUGUGUUUAGUUUUCAAAUAUAUCUACAGUCGGGUUCAAAAUCAAUGAAAAUCUGGGACUCAAAAACUAAUGUAAACCUGAAAAUUAAUAAACAAUUUUCAAUUUCUGAAUCUUUCUAAGUUAUGAUGCAAAAUCUUUCUCCAUUUAACAACAUUAAAACUAUUAAAUUACAUAAAUAGUAUGGGAAUAAUGCAGUGACACUGCUUUUUGUGUUUUAGAUUCUUCAAAACAUUUAUGAACAAAAUAACUUUUGCUUAUUGAGAUGUGUUGAAUAAAUCCCAUUUAAUCUUGAAUUUUUCUUGACCAUACAUGUAUUCAGUCUGUACUAAAACAGUGAAUUGGGGUAUCUGGAGCAAUGGGAAUUCAGAUUGAGAGAAAGCAUAACUUCUGGAAAUUCAUGUUGAAAUAUAUUCUCCUCUUGGCAUUUCACCUCUGUUAGCUUGUUUCCCAGUCUAGCUUCCUAAUAAAUCUGCCAAUGUUUACUAUGAAUAUUGUUGGUUCUGUGACAAAUGCAUACAUAUAAAUUGAAAUGUAAAUUGAAAUUGAGGAAGAAAUAAAUUUAGCUUUGAGGAUUUUA